GUUGGGUGGGUCGUGAACAAAUGGCAAGCGGAGAAUAUUUGCACCCAUAGGACUUUAAUUAUCGUUUCUCCUUUUGUAUCAUGAUUUGGAUACGAUGAAUCUCAUUCUAAAUAAUGAUUUAGCCUCUACUUUGGGAAAUAAAAGUAGAUACUUUGUGUCAGAUGUAUCACGGGUACUCUUAAAAUUAACACCCGUAUUCUAUAAAAAAUAUGACUUUUAGAAAAAGUUUUCGCUGUAUUUUGAAAUUCGUCUUUCUCUCCUCAUUUUUUUAAUAAGAUCAUGAAGUAAAAUAUGCGUUUUAUUUAUGCGUUUCAGGUUAACGUGUAGACUACUUUGAAUUAAGAGCGCCAUGAAUGUGAUCGUCAAUUAUAACAGUCAUGGUUGGAAAAUGUGAAAUGGAAACCUUCUACUGAUAAAAAGACGCCCUUUGUAACCUCCUCCGAAAACUACGCGCAAUAAUACAUGCGCCAUAUUGUUUCGUGACGCUGCCCCCACCCUACUACCCCUGUGACGAAGGCCUUGGAAUUUUGACGUGGCUCCUACGUACUUCUGCGUUUGCCCACUCCGAUUGCAGCAAAGUUUGUGACGAGGAAUACGUAACUGGCGGCGAUACAUCAAGGCUAUGGAUGGAAUGGUGGACGAAAACGGAACCGGUGCAACUGAUCCCUUGGCUCAUUCGCCGGGGGACACGUCGUCACAAGUUGUUGUCACAUCGGUUCAGUCUGUUAUCCAGCCUAACCAGCAAUCUGUCAUACAGACACCAUCAAGUAUACACCCAGUCCAGCUUCAGAAGGGCAAUGUCAUUCUUGUAAGCAAGCCAAAUUCUGUGAUACAGACAACCCAAGGAAGUCUUCAGACAUUGCAGGUUGUGGAAACAGCCAGUGAUGACAGUUUAUCAAAUGACGAUGAAGCCAGCAAAAAAAGGAGAGAUAUAUUGACCAGGAGACCUUCCUACAGGAAAAUACUGAAUGAUCUUGGUGGUGGUGAAAUUGCAGUGGGUAGAGUCGAAUCCUCGUCAGAGUGUGACACAAAUGAGGACAGCGAGGUGUCGUCCCACUCAAUUCCUUCUCACUACCAGACUCAUGCAGUGAUACCCGGCACAAUUCAGAUUGGCAGCCAAGGGGAAACGGUACAAGGCUUGCACACCCUCACCAUGACUAAUGCUUCAACGGGUGGCGCUAUUGUACAAUAUGCCACACAGGGACAAGAUGGACAGUUUUUUGUUCCAGUUGUAACACAGGGAGGUGGACUUGGCAGUGGCCCAAUAAUUGCUGAGGACCAGGCACGCAAGAGAGAGAUGAGGUUGUUGAAAAACAGGGAAGCUGCCAGAGAAUGCAGGAGGAAAAAGAAGGAAUACAUCAAAUGCCUGGAGAACAGAGUAGCUGUGCUAGAAAAUCAAAACAAGGCCCUUAUAGAUGAACUAAAACAGUUAAAAGAUCUUUAUUGCCAACAAAAAACUGAGUGAGCUUGCUUUAGCAGCUGAUAUUACA